AUGGCCACGCAGCCGAAGCGCGCGCGCGUCGCCGCCUACGUCGAGCUCGUCGGCGGCGCGGACCACUGCGAGACCUGCCUCCUCGUCGUCGUCGCGCGCCUGUCGUCCGACGUCGAGCGGACGCGCGAGGCCUGCUACGCGUUCCGCUGCGGCGAGGGGAGCGGCCGCCUGCUGGGCGCCUGCGGCGUGUCGACCGCGGGCCUGCGCGCGGUCUGCUGCCUCGACGCGGCCGACGCGUUGGGCGCUCCGGAACUGGCGUUGAACCACCGGUCGGCCGGCGGCGCGGCGCUCGCGGUGGUCUGCGGGUGCGACGACGCGCGGCGCGUCGCCGCGGCGGCGGUGGCGGCGACGAGCCCGGGCUGCGGCGCGGACAUCGUCGGGGUCUACGCGGACGACCACGUAACGAUCGCCGCGGAGCCCGACGGCCGCGGCGCGGCGCGGUUCCGCGUCGUCGUCCGCGGCGGCGGCGGCGACGGCGACGCCGUGGUGCUCGUCUGCCCCGGCGCCUACGACGGCGCCGCGGCCCGGGUCGCGCUCCACCGGGGCGGCGCGGGAGCGCCGGGAGAAGCGCCGGGCGCCGCGGCCGUCGUCGACUACGGCCGCGACGGGUCGAAGCGGGGCCUGCGGCGCGCGAACGAGCACGCGGCGCGGCGCGCGGCCUUUUUUCCCGCGGGCGCCGUCGCCGCCGCGCUCGACGCCGAGGCGACGGCCGAGGGCGUCCUCCGGGUCUACGCGCAGCCCGCCGUCGUGGUCGAGCGCGGCGCGGGCGACUACGACGCCGAGUCGCCGGCCCGGCUCUUCGCGCGCUGCCGCGCCGAGGCCGCGGCGGCGGCGGCGGUGGACGAUGCAGCGGACGACGACGCGCCGCCGGAACGAGCGCGGGGAUCUUCGAGUAUCCCCUCGGAAGCGGCGUCGGAGCCGGGCGACGGACCCGCGACGAAGCUGCUGUUCCUCGGCACGGGGUCGUCGAAGCCGUCGAGCAAGCGCGGCGAGUCGGCGAUCCUCGUCGAGUUCCGCGGGCUCCGCGCGCUCUUCGACUGCGGCGCCGGCACGCUCCGCCAGCUGCGGCGGCUCCUCGGCGCGUCCGGCGCCGCGGCCGCGCUCGGCGGCCUCGACGCGAUCUGGAUCUCGCACGCGCACCUCGACCACUGCGGCGGCCUGCCCGCCGUCGUCGCCGCGGCGCUGGAGGCGCGGCGACGGCGGAGCGACGCCGCGAACGCCGCGGCCGCCGCCGCGCUCCGCGGCGGCGGCGCGGCGGCGGCCGCGCCCGCGUUCCCGGCCGCGAAGCUCCUCGUCGCCGCGCCGCCGCGGGCCCUCGACGCGCUGCGCGCCUGCGGCGGCUACGAGGGCGACUGCGCGCUCCGCGAGCUCGCGGGCCCCGCGGCGUCGCUGCGCUGGGGCCCGGCCGAAUUCCGGAGCGUCCGCGUGAACCACUGCCGCGACGCCUACGCCGUCGUGCUGGCCGUGGGCGGCGCCCGCGUCGCCUACAGCGGCGACUGCCGCCCGUCCGACGCGUUCGCGGCGGCGGCGGCGCGCGGCUUCCCGGCGUCGGCGUGCGAGGUUUUGAUCCACGAGGCGACGUUCGACGACGGCGAAGUGGCGCACGCGGUCGCGAAGCGCCACUCGACGGUGAGCGAGGCGCUGGACGUGGCGAAGCGGGCCAAGGCGACGACCUGCGUGCUGACCCACUUCUCCCAGCGCUACGGCGCCAUGUCCGCGCCCGCGGCCUUCGACGGCCUGACGUUCCGCCCGGAGCACGCGGCCGCGUUCGCGGCGCGGUCGCGGCGCUGCGAGGCCUACCUGGCGGCGCGCGCCGCGGCGCGGAAGCGGCCGCUCGACGGCGACGACGACCCGCGGCCGCGGCCCGGCGCGGCCCUCGCGCGGUUCCGCGAGUCGGCGGCCGUCGCGCCCGUCGACGGCGGCGACCCGCUCGCCGCGGCGCUGCUGGCCUUCUACGGCGCCCGCGCGCCGGACCGGGUCGCGGACGUCGCCCGCGUGCUGCCGCUCUUCCGCCGCAACCCGGCGGAAUUCACGCGCAUCCCAAAGGACCUGAGCGGGCUGCCCCACGGCUUGGUCGUGCCCGAGACGCUGCGGGCGCCGGCGCACGCCGAGGCGCACGCCGCCGUCGCGCGCCACGCGGGCCGGCGGGACCUCGGCGCCGCCGGGCGCCGCGCCUGCGCGGCGCGCGCGGAGCUCCUGCGGUCGCUCGUCGCCGCGGGCGACCUCGAGGCCGCCGUGGAUCUGUCCCUCGCGGCGGACGCGGCAACGCGCGCGGCGCUGCCCGCGGGCUGCGUGCUCGAGGACCGGCCCCACGCGGGCUUCGCGGACGUCGUCACCAAGGUCCAGCGCAAGGGCAUGGACGGCGAGCGCAUCUCCCACGUCCGGCUCGCCGCGGGCGAGAAAUUCGCCAGGGUCGAGCCCGUCGGCUCGCGCGCGUUCUCGGGCUCCAUGAAGCAGGUCCCCGUCGUCGGCUUCGAGCUCAACGGCACCUUCUACCUCGCCGAGUCGGCGAUCCACUGCGACAAGGCCGCCCUCUGCGUCGGCGGCGACGGCGCCCCCGCGCAGCUCGCGAGCCUCGACGAGGCCGCGCGCGUCUCCGAGUCGUUCGCGCGCCGCGCGUCGGAGCGCCGCCUCGGCAAGAUCAAGAAGGACCCCUUCGCGUCGGGCGCCAUGGGAAGCAUGAAGCCCCUCGAGGCGAACGUUCGCCUGCCCUGGGUCGCCGUCGCGGAGGACGAGGUCACGGACUACGUCACGGGCGCCAAGUCGCUGCUCAUCGUGCCCGUGUGCUACAACGACGAGUCCUGCGACGAGUCCUGGGACUCCCUGGGCCUCAUCGCGUCGGCCCACGACGGCGACCCCUACGCCUACUUCGAGGAGGUGGUCUCCGUGCUCAACGCCUACGCGGACCAGUCGUCGUUCGGCCGCGUGAGCUUCGAGGCCACGUACGCGGACAUGGUGACGCUCGACACGGUGAGCGUGGGCCAGUGCGGCUCCAUCGACUCCAUCAACUACUGGUCCGGCGGCGACAACGCCUACGACACGCUCUCCUACCCGGUCCUCAACGACGCGGGCACCUACGGCUCCGUGCCCGAGGACUGGGACUACGUCGUCAUCAUGCUCCCGGGCUGCGACUCCCUGUCCUGGAGCGGCAUCGGCUGGGUCUCCUACCCGGGCACGGCCCAGUCCGUCUACGCCUACGACUACGACGCGUCCGUCGCCCACGAGCUCGGCCACAACUUCGGCGCGAACCACGCGUCCUACAUGACCGGCGGCGAGCGCGGCGCGGUCGCGUACGCGGACGACGAGGGCUCCUGGGUCGAGUACGGCAGCCCCUACUCGACCAUGGGCCAGGGCGACAUCGAGGACGACCUCGGCGCGUCGGCCCAGUUUUUAGCGUCGACGAAGAUGGUCUUCGACUGGAUCGACGACGACCAGGUCGAGUGGCUCGAGCCCUACGACUUCGCGGACGGUUCCGCCCAGUGCAACCCCUGCGGCCCCUACACGCUCAACCGCAUCGACGACGGCACGCUCCCCGCCGAGGGCGACGGCACCGUCGCCGUCGUCGCGCUGUCGUGCGAGGCCGCGGACACGUACUUCUUCCUCGAGCACCGCGUCACGGACACGUCGGGCACGGGCGUGCUCCUCCACUGGGCGUCCAUCGACGACACCUACGGCGGCACGGGCUACGUGUCCAACACCGUCACCGUCGACGCGCACGCGGACACGUCGUCGUGGGCCGACGCGGCUCUCUACCCCGGCGAGUCGCUCACCAUCGACCUCACGUCGUCGUCCGGCGCGUCCUACCCCGUCAUCGUCGAGGCCGUCGAGACGGACGCGGGCGCCCUCGAGGUGACGAUCACGGCGUCGGACACGGCGCCGCCGACGGUCACGCCCGCGCCGUCCACGGCCGCGCCGAUCCGGUCGCCGACGACGGAGUCCGAGUCCUGCGGCAGCGUCUGCUGCGACACGCUCAGCGGCCUCUCGAACACCUACUCCUGGAGCGACGCGACGCGCAUCGCGCGCACCGACGACGAGGACGGCUACUGCUGCUCCGAGCACUGCUCCUUCGCGAUCGUCGAGGGGUCGACGACGUACUACCUCCAGUACGUCUGGAGCAAGUACUACAUCACGGCGACGGACCCCUGCCACUCGUCGGGGAGCCUGUCCUACUACGACACCUUCCAGGUGGAGGACGUGGAGGCGGCCUGCGUCGCCGAGCCCACGGCCAUGCCGACCGACGAGCCCGACGCCGUGCCCGUCCCGACCGCCCCCCAGCCGACGCCCUACGCGCCGACGAAGACGCCGACGGCCGAGCCGUCGCCCAAGCCCACGAGCAACCCGUCCUACGGCGCGACGGCCAUGCCCACGGUGUUCGUCGGCGACCCCACGCGCACGCCCGUGUCGGCGCCGACGCCCGCGCCGUCCGCGGUGCCGUCCUACGCCUGCGGCGAGGGCCAGCACCUCUACUGGCUGCAGAAGGGCCCCUCGGAGUCCGCGGACGAGUGGGAGGCCGCGACGAUCAAGGCCUUCGUCGGCGACGGCAUCGGCCUCGGCGACCAGGCGAACACGCUCUACGACCUCACGCCCGGCGAGCACUCCGCGGGCGGCAAGCGCCAGUACCUCUGCUUCCCCAACGCCUGCAUCACGCUCUCCAUCGACUUUGGCAUGGAGGAGGACAUGCCCGACGAGGACGCCUACAUCCGCUUCGGCUCCGAGACGGGCGAGACGACGACGUUCUACUUCUCCGAGGACGCGGCCGUCGACACGCUCUUCACCUUCGUCAUCUGCUUCGCCGACGGCGCCUUUGGGAACGUGCCCACGGGCUUCCCCUCGGUCAUGCCCGCGCCCCUGCCGACGCCCGAGCACACGCUCGCGCCGACGCCGCACCCGACGCCCCGGCCGACGCCCAGACCCACGCUCUACCCGACGCUCCAGCCUUCGGACCGCCGCAUCAUCGAGGAGCCCGCGCCGACGCCCGUGCCCACGACGACCCCCGCGCCCUCGUCCUUCGUCUGCGAGGACAGCGCGACGCCGGUGCCUCGCCGCACGUCCUGGUACACGAAGAAGAGCAAGAACACGUGCGAAAAGUACGUCGCGAAGAAGGCGAAGAACUGCAAGAAGACGGACGACUUCGACGUCAAGGGCCAGGUCGCGUGCGCCCUCACGUGCGGCGAGUGCAUGCCGCCGCCGUCGCCCUACCCGUCGUCGGCGCCCACGGUCACGCUGAUGCCGACGACGCCGGCCGACGACUGCGCGGACUCGACGUCGUGGUACUGCGCGUCGCCGGCGCCCCACAAGAAGAGCAAGGACACGUGCGAGGACUACGUCGCGAAGAAGAGCAAGAACUGCAAGAAGUACGGCUUCGACGGCACCCAGGCCAAGUACGCGUGCCCCGCGCUGUGCGGCGAGUGCGAGGUCGAGGUCGACGACGCCGCGUGCGCCGACUCGACGUCCUGGUACUGCGAGAGCCGGCGUCCCGCACACAAGAAGAGCAAGGACACGUGCGCCGACUACGUGACGAAGAAGAGCAAGAACUGCAAGAAGGACGGCUUCGACGGCACGCCGGCCGAGUCGGCCUGCCCCGUGACCUGCGGCGCGUGCUAG